UUCAAAACAAGCACCAUGUGUGACGACGAGGAUCAGGUAGCACUCGUCUGCGACAAUGGCUCCGGCAUGGUCAAGGCCGGCUUUGCCGGUGACGACGCUCCCCGCUCUGUCUUCCCCUCCAUCGUCGGCCGAGCUCGUCACCAGGGUGUGAUGGUCGGUAUGGGUCAGAAGGACGCCUACGUCGGUGAUGAGGCCCAGAGCAAGAGAGGUAUCCUGACUCUCAAGUACCCUGUAGAGCACGGCAUCAUCACCAACUGGGACGACAUGGAAAAGGUCUGGCAUCACACCUUCUACAACGAGCUCCGUGUUGCCCCUGAGGAGUCCCCAACACUGUUGACGGAGGCUCCCCUCAACCCCAAAGCCAACCGUGAGAAGAUGACACAGAUCAUGUUUGAGACCUUCGGUAUGCCAGCAAUGUACGUGGCUAUACAGGCUGUCAUGUCCCUGUACGCCUCUGGUCGUACCACAGGUAUGGUCAGUGACUCGGGAGACGGAGUAAGCCACAACGUACCAGUAUUCGAAGGGUACGCCCUUCCACAUGCUAUGCUCAGACUUGAUCUAGCUGGUCGCGACCUCACCAUGUAUCUCAUGAAGAUCAUGACUGAGCGUGGCUACUCUUUCACCACAAGUGCAGAGCGUGAGAUUGUCCGAGAUAUCAAAGAAAAGCUCUGUUACAUCGCUCUAGACUUCGACAGUGAAAUGAACGUAGCUGCUGCUUCCUCUUCGUUGGACAAAUCCUACGAGCUUCCCGAUGGCCAGAUCAUCACCAUUGGCAACGAACGUUUCCGUGCUCCUGAAGCUCUCUUCCAGCCUUCUCUUUUAGGUAUGGAAUGUGCAGGAAUUCAUGAAACUGUUUACCAUGGGAUCAUGAGGUGCGACAUUGACAUCAGAAAAGACCUGUUUGCCAACAUUGUCAUGUCUGGUGGUACCACCAUGUAUCCUGGUAUUGCUGACCGCAUGCAGAAGGAAAUCACAGCUCUGGCUCCUUCGAGCAUCAAGAUCAAGAUCAUUGCCCCUCCUGAGCGUAAGUACUCCGUCUGGAUCGGUGGCUCCAUCCUGGCCUCUCUCUCCACCUUCCAGUCCAUGUGGGUGUCAAAAGAAGAGUACGACGAAUCUGGCCCAGGCAUUGUUCACCGGAAAUGCUUCUAAAUAAGAACACUUAACAUUUUAUAACUAUUUUUGUACUGAUAUAAAUAAAAUUAACUUUAGUUUCUGA